UACAGAUGAAGUAACUUUGGAAUUUAUUAAAAUUUAAUCAUCGUAUUUAGCCAGCCGCUGUAGCUGUAGAGUAGAAGCUGCAUUAACAAAAAUUACGAAUUCAAAAUUAAAUUUGCUUCUAGAGAGAGAAAAAAAUUUGCAUUUUUUGCUUUUUUUUAUAGACAAAAAUCAUUUACGAACGAAAACAAUUAGUUAGUUUUUUUAAGCACAAGUCAUUUUAAUACAUAAAAACAUUAUACAAUUAAAAAAGUCUUAAGUUUUAUAAAAAACAUCUGCAAGAUGUUGCCAAAAUUUUUAACACAUUUGGAUAAGCAGAAAGCGCACAAGGUGACGACGUUGUCAACGGCGAGAAGGCGUUAUUGGUGUUGCACAUUUCCUUUAGUGCUAUUGGCUUUACUAUUGGUUCUACACUCUGACAGCAGUAAUGCCGAAAGAGAUUUUAAUUUCAAUGAUUCACAGGUUACUUUGCUUGAACCCAAGGAUGAACCCAUAUUAAUUGAUCAUCAUACCAGCAGCAGCAGCAGUAGUAGUAGUAGUUUUCAACAACAUCAUCAUAAUCAUCAGCAGCAACAGCAUCAUCAUCAUGCUGAACAGGACCCCUAUGCUGUGGAAUUGUCACACUGUCGUUAUGAUGACAAUGAAAUUGUUUUGUCCUUAGUAUUGAAAAAUUACAAUUGGCACGAUUUCAAUGACAGUCGCAAGGCCAAAGUUUUAGAAAAAUUAUCACAAUUCUUUGCCAUACCAAAGGAAUUUAUUACAAUGGAAAGUGUAACAAAACAUGAAUUGUUUGAAAUGCAAAAGGAAUCAUUGAAAAAAGGAAAUAAUAAGUGCCAUAAUAAUAAUAAUCGCAAAUUGGGACGUGUUAAUUUUAUAAUCGGUUGUGGUUCUACAUAUUUCACAGUAACCGAACCCAUAAGCAAACAAAUUGGACAACAAGUUAAAGAUGGUGCUUUAGACAAUAUAACAGGCGAGAAAUUCGGUUGGUGGGUCAUCUGGCGUAAACAAUACAAAUCCAGAUCAGUGCGUAACCGUCGACAAAUAGAAGGUUCCGGUGAUGAUGACGAAGAUGAUGAUUACUAUGAUUAUGAAGAAGAUAACGAUGAUGUUGAUCCCACCACCACUCCCACACAUGCUCAUCGUCAUCAUCAUGGUGAUGAAACGUCUGAAAUCACAUCGAACAAGUUAGAUGUAACAAUAAACGAAAAAGACAACAUCAUUAACAACAACAAUGCGAUAAUAGAUAAUAUUGAUCAUAACAAGAUAAAUGAUGAUAUAACUGCUAUGAAACAAACCGAUCCCAAUGACAAUGACGAAGAAGAAGAUGACGAGGAAGAAGUUGAGAAAACGGAUUCGAAUCUUUUGCUUUUAAACAAGAAGGGCAAUAUAGAUGAGGAAAUUGUGGAAAGUGUUUCCCAGUUGGAAUCGGUUAUAACAAAAACUAUAGAAAAUACCAAGAAUCUAGAAGACAUACCAGAUAUAGUAGUAGAUCAAACCGAAGACGAUAUACUAGCGGAAGUUUUGCAACCCAUUGAAGAAGUAGAAACGGCAGCUAAGAAUAGCGUAAAUCUUAAUUUAAAUACUGUCUACGAGAAUGCCAAUGAUGUGGACGUGGAUGAUAAUAAUAGUAAUGACUUUAAUGUAGCAGAAGUCUUGGACUCUUUAACACCCUCUACCACCAUAAGCUCCUUGACUACCAAUGGCGGCCAUAAUACGCCGCUGGGGGUAAAUGUACAAGAAAAUUUAGAAAGUUUAAGCGACAGCACUACACCUUUUAGCUUGACCAGCAGCCACAGCAAUAAAGACAAUCAUUUAGAUAUAUUAAACUCUGCAUCCUCACCAUCAUCAUCUUCAUCAUCAUCAUCUACCACACAUGGUCACUCUCAUCAUUUGUCUUCAUUUGGUAGUAGUGAUACACAUCAUCAACAUUCUGUUACUGAAUUCACCACCACCAUCACCAAUUCACAUUUAACACCUGUUAUUUUAACCGAUACAACUACGACCACCACAACACCACUUGAUUCCUCUUCUAACACUGCGUCUUCAGCAAUUACAUCAUCGUCGUCUUCGUCCUCCUCCUCCUCCACCAUGUUGUCAACUGUUUUGAAAAAGGAUGAGACCACUGUAGAACCUGAGGAUAGUCAAGAUGUACUCGGCAAAUCUUCCACCACUACUGUUCAAUCUACUGAUGAAUCAAAUGCUUCAGUCUCUGUUACUACUGUGCAAUCGCCUACAACUACCAUCAGCACUACUCAGGCUACCACUACACCUGCUCCCCCCACACCAGAAGUUGUUAGCUCUACUACUGCUUUACCCGACUAUGUUGAACCAAAGAUUGAAAAUUCUCCACCCAUGAUUAAGUCACGUUUACAGAAAUUGGCUGUUACCUCGGGUAAAUCUUUCAAAUUGUCGGUACCCGAAGAUACUUUCUACGAUAAUGAAGAUUUGUCGAAUUUGCGUUUGGAAUUAACCGAUAAGGAAGGCCGUGAAUUGAAAUCGAACUCUUGGUUGCAGUUUAACGCUGAGACUAAGGAAAUUUAUGGAUUACCUUUAGAUGAUGCAGUCUCGAAAUGGCAAUAUCGCCUUACAGCCACCGAUUCGGGUAAUGAAUCCGUAACCGAAACUCUAGAAAUAUCAGUGCAACAACAUCGUGGUGUGCGUACAGUUAAUCAUGAAAUUAAUAUUUCGGUUAAAAUCAAUGAAAAGAAUAUGCACUAUAUAGACUGGCAGAUGAGCUUGAUAAACGCUAUUGCUAAUACCCUGGGAGAUGCAAAUACUAAUUCAAUUGUGGUGCGUGAGAUACGUGCUAAUCCUCAAGAUCCCAACAUUGCCACUUUGGUGUAUUUCAAUGAAACCCUGCCUACUAGUGAGUGUCCCGAGCGUGAGUUGAAUAAUCUGGUUAAACGUUUAGAUGUCAGUCGUCUCAGUGAUUUGGUGCAACCCACAUUGGGUAUUAAAUCUUUAACGGGUCAAUUGAUAGGACCUUGUCAGAAAACUGCCGCUGCUAAGCCCAAGACACCUACACUUAAUGUUAAGAAUGCUCCUCCGGUGCCACGCAAUCAAGUGGAUCGUGUUGUUGCUACUGUAGGUCAUUUAUUGGUCUACAAGGUGCCCAGCGAUACUUUCUUUGAUCCCAACGACAAUGAACUUACCUUGAGUUUGAAAACAAAGGAACACAAAGAACUUAGUCCACGUCAUUGGUUGCAAUUCGAUUCUAAGAAUGAUGAAUUCUAUGGCAUACCCAAGAGUGGUGAUGCCGGUUCCGAAGAAUACAUGUUGGUCGCUGAAGAUGCUGGUGGUCUCACAGCCACCGAUGCUUUGGUGGUGCAAGUUAAUCAUGCUCCCAAGAGAGACUUUAGUUUAUACACUAAAGUAUAUUUAGCCAUUAAACACGAACAUUUCAAUGCCGAUUUACAGCGUAAAUUUGUGGAACGUAUGGCUAGUUUGUUCGGUGAUGCCUCCACACAAAAUAUACAAAUACGUUCGGUGACAACUCUUCACGAUUCGGAUGGUACUGUUGUUAGUUUCUAUAAUACUACUUUACACAAAUCGCAUAAUCGUUGUCCGGAAGAUGAAAUGGAAGCAUUCCGUAGUGUUUUGUUCCAUGAUUACUCGGUGCGUGAACGUGUUAAAAAGGCUAUGGGUCCUGAAUUGAAUAUUACAAAUAUUCAAAUUAUUCCUUUGGGCAGCUGUAAUGUCCAAACAGAUGUUACUCAUCGUGAAUUUGUUCCAAGUAAAACCGAUGAACCUUUGCUGAAAUCUACUUUCUCCGAUGAUUAUAUGUUUACAAUCAUUCUGCCUGCCAUUAUAAUUGUUUCCAUGAUUUUAAUUGCUUCAAUAAUCGCUUGUUGUUUACAUCGUAGAAGACGUAAGAGCGGUAAAAUGGAAUUGGGUGACGAAGAAGAACGUAAAUCUUUCCGUACCAAAGGUAUACCUGUCAUCUUUCAAGAUGAGCUCGAUGAAAAACCUGAAAUUGGUAAUAAGAGUCCUAUUAUAUUAAAAGAUGAAAAGCCACCAUUAUUACCACCCUCAUACAAUACCUCAAAUAUGAAUGUUUAAUUUUAGGUGAUAAUGAUGUCGAUGAAUAUGUUCCACCGCCAGCUGUUGUAGUAGGUGGUCGCGAAGCAAGAGGGAAAUCACCGGCUACGCCAUCAUAUCGUAAACCCCCACCAUAUGUAUCACCUUAAAUUUGCCGUAAAAAUAACAACUAAAAAGGAAUGAAAAAAUAAAAUUUAAGGCAAAUAAAAAUUUAUAUUACAUACACAAAAAAAGGUUAAGUUGAAAAAAAGAGACAU